AUGUCCACCGGUUUCAACGCGGUGGCGUUGUUGAUGGCCGCCGCGGCCGCGGUGUUCGGCGCCGGCGACCGUUGCACGGCGGCGGCGGCGGCCGGUUCGGACGCGCCCGCUGCCCUGGCCGCGUACACGCUGAGCGGCCAGAACAUCGAGUGGCCGUGCACGUCCACCAAGAGCGUUUACGCGGACACCGGCCGGUACGUGGCCAAGAACGUGAUCGCCACCAGGGCCCAAGUGUGGGGCGACCGGGCGUUCGUGCUCACGCCCAGGUUCCGGUCCGGCGUCCCGUUCACCGUGUCCACCGUCCGGCUGGAAUGCGAGCGAAGGUGCUGGCCCGCGCUGUCGCCGUACCCGUGCUGGGCGCUGCACGACGAGGGCGACCCGGACGCCGUACAGAACGCCGUCGACAUGUACCUGGACCCGACCGGCUUGCUGUGGGUGCUCGACAGCGGGUUAGUCAACACCGUGGAACAGCCGGUCCGCCGGACCCAGCCCAGGAUACUUGCCAUAGACGUCAAAACCGACAAGGUAGUCAAGCAGUUCGACUUGUCGGGGCUGGUGUGCUCGGCCAGCCGAUUAAACUACAUUACGGCCGACUACGGAGAUGAUGGCAGGGCGUUCGUGUACGUGUCGGACGCAGCCACGCGGGCGGUGAUCGUGUGGGAGGUGGCGGCGGACCGGAGCUAUCGGGUGGUGCUGCCCAAGGCGAUCACGCACGACUGCACCGGCCGGCGGGACGUGCUUUACAUCGCACUGGCGAGGGGAACGGCUGCGGGCGGCGGCGGCGGCUCCCUGUACCUGACGUACUUGACCAGCAACCGCAUGUACAGGAUCGACACGUGCAACCUCCGGCAGGGUUGCUCGGAGGGCACCGUCGCCGACCUGGGCCCGAAGCCCGAAAAGAUGGUCCUCUUGGGCACGGACGGCCGGACUACCGUGUACUUCCGGUACCGGGGCCAGGGCGACGUGUACGCUUGGGAUACGGACCGGCCCGGCGACGGCGCGUCGUUCGGCCCCGAUAGGUUUGCGUUGGUCCGGAAAGCCGACGAUUGCGGCCGGUUGGCCACGCACGUGGCACCGGACAGCCAGGGCGGCGUCCUCUGGAUACUCGAGAGCAACUUCCCCGACUACGUUUCCGGUGCAGUAGGUUGUCUGGGCGCCAAUGUCCGCUUGCAGCCCCUCGUCGCCCAGUGUGGCGAAUAAUGUAUAUUAUAACGGUUAGUGAACGACUUCCGGCUGCUACCAAACAUCCCGUUUUUAAUAUGUUCCGGUAAAACAUUUCACUGCAUAGCCAAUGCUUAGAUGCGUUUUUUUUUUUUUUUUUGUAGGAAAUAACAUAUUCUUAAAUUUCAAGCAGUUUUUAUCGUGUCCAAUAAAUCUAUUUGCAUAACUACUGUGGUUUAUAAUAUUAAAAAUUAUAUUGCCAAACUCGAAUAUUACACACAUAGCUCUCUUGCAGUAGAUUUGAUUUAUGUAAAUAUUAAAUAUGUUAAAGGUUAAAUUAUAGAUUCCCAUUAUACGUGUUAAAAUAUAGUAAUGCAAGUUGUUAAAUUUAAGCGAGAAGUAUAUAUAUAUAUAUAUAUAUAGGUAAAGAAACGUAUUAAAUACAUAUUUAUGGGGGACAAGUAGGGUUAUGUAUAUUAGGAAAAGCUACACGUUACAUACAUGACAUAUUAUAAUGUAUAUUUUUUUUUU